GGUGGUUCGUGAGGGGGGUGGUUCGUGAGGGGGGUGGUUCGUGAGGGGGGUGGUUCGUGAGGGGGGUGGUUCGUGAGGGGGGUGGUUCGUGAGGGGGGUGGUUCGUAGGGGGUGUGGUCAGCUUAAUGAGCAUGAUGCAUCUCUCCUUAUAUAAGUUACAUAUUAUAUACCUGUUCCUUCAUUCAUUUUUCUUAAACGGAAUUAAGAAAAAUGAUCCUAGGGCAAAUUACAGUCUGUCUAACGUCCUCUGAGAUAUGAUGCCGACCUAUAUAAGCGCUAAGAACCCUAAUAGGUCCGUAAUAUAGGUCGCUGGGACCUGUUGGUCUGCAAUGUCCGACACAGCCCCCUUGUUUACCUGGUAUUAACUGCUAUGUCUUCACAAUAUGCUUGGAUGAUUUAAUUACUCAGACAUUAUGGAGGAUCAAAACCAUUCUUCUCAGCAAGAGCUUAUGGUUAUUCACGCCACUCUAUUUCGAAUGGGGACAACAUCGUUAGCUAAAGCGUACAGAACUUUGGGCUAUAAAGUACACCAUGGGGUCGACGACGUUCGCGGAAACCCCUGGAGUCUCAUAGAAAAAGCAGCUGAAGCUACUUGGCCAUCGAUCCCUGGAGCGACGAAGAGGCAGCCAUAUACACGAAAGGACUGGGACUCUUUAUGGGGCUCCAAAUAUGACAUAGUCACCGAUUUAGCCUCACCAUUCGUCCACCAGCUCAUCAAGGCUUAUCCAAAUGCCAAAGUUGUUAUCGUCCAACGAGACUUUGAUUCUUGGUGGCCAAGCUUCAGAUCACAGCUAUUAACAACACUGUUCUCCUCUCCUCUUGUUGGCAUUGGCCUCUUCCUUGACUGGCAGAUCAACGGCGUCCGCGCUGGCUAUGCAAUGCGCAAAGUUCACUUUGGGUUCUUCGGAGCCAAGAACAUUGCUGAAAUAGAAAUGAAAGCGCGCGAGACGUAUAAUAGGUAUUUCGAGACGCUAAGGCAGAUGGUUCCUCCUGAGAGGAGGCUUGAGUACAGCAUGGGCGAUGGAUGGGAACCAUUAUGUGCGUUCCUUGGAAAAGAUGUUCCAGAUAUUCCUUUCCCAAGAUUGAAUGUGAGAAGGCAUUCGAAAGGGAGAGCAGCGCGACGAAAUGAAAGAAUCAAGGUUGGAUUUUGGGCAUUGGCACUCUUGGGCAUUAUAGUGGCCAUCUGGUUCAUUAGAUCUUAAAAGCAACGCGCUAAUAUCUAUAGCGAGUGCGUCGCUGUACUGUACGAUACUACACGAGACCUGUCAAUAUAGGACAAGUAUAAAUCUGCACACACUCACAGCACUGUUUUUGCUAUACUAUCUACACCUUCCCAAAUACCCUACCACCUACACUUACAGUACCCUACCACCUACGCUUAC